UAUUAUUUAAAAAUAUGUUAUUAGAAUGUUAUUAGAAAACUAUGAAAUUUUAGUAGUUCAAAUCAAAUUUUAAUUGUAACUUUUCUUAAUUAUAACAAAAUCUAUUGAGAAAAUUUAGAAAAUAUCACCAAAAAUUUAAAUAUUUUUUAUUAUAAAUUAGUGUAUUAAUGUAGUAACAUAAACAAAUUCAAAAUGUAAUCUUCCAAACUCAAAUAUAGUACUGUAAUUUUUCAAAGUUUACUUGACAAAAUAUAAAUUUUGAAAAUAAAUAUUCAAAUUCGAAAUGAUAAUAUUUCAAAUUUUACAAAAUAUUAAAUCACAGAAAAUAAAGAAUAACUUUUUGAAAUGCACCACGGAAAAAAACAAACUAUAUACGUUGUAAAAAUUAAAGCAAUCAAAUAUUUUGAAAAUAUAAUUAAAAAAACUUAAUAUCAUAGCAUCCAAAAAAUAUCUUAUAUCAAUAAAAUUUAGUAAAAUAAUAUGAUAGAUGCUACUAUGUAUAAAAUUUACUAAAAUAAUAGGGCUAUGUGUUCCAAAAAAAAACAAUAGGGCUAUAAUAUUUAAACAAUUUGUUUUUACUUAAAUUCUGCAAAAUACUAAAAUAAUAUAUAUCAAACUCAAAAAUAAUAUUGAAGGAGGUUUUCUAUUUGACUAUUUCAUAUUGUUAUUUUAUUGUAUCUAAAAAUAUAUAAGUAAGAAAUAAACAUUAAUAGCAAAGUAAAAUGUAUUCAACAUUAAUAGCAAAGUAAAAUGUAUAAACAAUAAUAUUAUAGAGUUACAUAAUAUAUAAUACUAAAAUAAAAAAUGAGGGAGAGAUACACAUCAAACUGGUCUGAGAUAAUAAGGGUCUUAAUGGAUGAGAAGCAAGAUAAGCUUCAACUCUUCACUAUCAGAUAUCUAUUCCAGGUAUCGGUUCAUGGAAUUUGGAGGGAAAGAAACAGAAGACGACAUGGAGAGACAGCUUCCCCCCCUGAUCUCUUAGCCAAAUUGUUUGAGAAAACUAUGCGAAACAGAUUUUCGAUAGCUCAGAGGAGGAAUGAUAAGAAGCUUGAGGGUGGGCUUCAAUCCUGGUUUUCGAACAGAUAGAUUGAUUGUAAAGAGGAGAUGUUCUUGAGUUUUUGAGUUUUCUGUUUAAAAGGGAGUAGCAAAGUACGAAAAACAAACUUGUAACGGUAUUUUCUUUUUUUGAAUUCAAUUUAACAUUAAAUUCAAAAAAUAAAAAAAAAUACUAAAAUAAAAAUUUUAUAUUUAAAACAUUUGUAAUAAUAUCUAAUGCAUUUAUAAAAUGAAAAAAAAUAUCCGCACGAACGUGCGGGUUAAAAUCUAGUUUAUUAAUGAAUAAUAAUAGUGUGGGAUGGGGACAUAUGUAUAAACUUUUUUCUUUCUUUUUUAUAUCUAAAUUUAUAAUUUUGUCAUGUAAAUUCAUGGGGAUAAAAUGAGGAUUUAUAACCUUUUAAAAAACGAAUAAUUAGGAAAAGAAGAAAAAGAUCUCAAUGCCUGCGCAUUUAAUGUAUGAUAUGGCCAAGAUGAUAGCCUGUUUGCGCACUUCUCAACCGCUGCCCAGAGGCUUGGUGUCUACUCGGCCAAGGACUAUGCUGAUAUUCUGGAGUUUCUUGUUGAACGGUGGGACGUUGAGACUUUGUCAGGCCUUUCUAGUGAAGGACACAAGGCUCAGGACUUUGUCUGUGGAUUACCUGCAAGAAUCCGCAAAAUUGAAGAGAGAGCUCAAGGAAGCAGCCAAAAACGUACCAUUCAGCUGGAUUUUUGGUCGAUGACGUUCAAAUAAUCCCCGAGUAAGCCAUAAAAACAUCUUCACCGAUGACGUUCCAGUCUUAAGACCACGAAAGUUCAUUUGAAUAUGUUUUUGUUUUAUACGGAACACUGUAGAUAAAAGUUAUGUUUCUUGUUUUGAGUUAGUCGAAGACCAUAAAAUGGUGUUUUGAGUGUUCCUAGUGAUAAUGUCUGGUUACCAAGAACAAAGACUUUACGAGUUUGCUUUUCUAUUUUUGUUGUAUCAGUAGUACUUAAUAAGCAAAGAAUGGUUUGUAAUUUAAACCUCUUGUUCAAGUAACAACCAACCAAAAGUGACCGUUUUAACAAAGAUGAAACUUAAAAAGAACGUUUUAAUACAAUUGAAACAGAGUAAAGUCUUAUUAGAUGAAACCAUAACUGCAAACGCACAAAUCAAAACGUUACUCUCUCACAUUAAAAGAAGAAGAAAGACUAUACUCACGAUCUUGUUAAACUUCAAAGAUCAUGUUCCCAAAGAAACCAACUGAUUCAUCUACCACACAUCAACAUAACUUCGACGAGUCUCGAUGGGUCAUCAACGUCAGAAAAUCUCUCGACGCAGAGCUCGAAGACCACCCUCUCGAACAAGUCACAGUCAGCAUUUUCACCGUCCCUAAAGCACUAAUGUGCACCCAUCGAGACUCAUACACACCUCAGCGAGUCUCCAUCGGACCGUACCACUGUCUCAAACCAGAGCUUCACGAAACAGAGAGGUACAAACUAACGAUCGCUAGAAAAUUUCGAAACAACUCCAAAUCUUUCAGGUUCCACGACCUCGUCGAGAAGCUGCAAUCAUUGGAGAUCAAGAUCAGAGCUUGCUAUCACAAGUACAUAGCGCUGAGCGAGGAGACUCUGCUGUGGAUAAUGGCGAUAGACUCUUCGUUCUUGAUCGAGUUUCUUAAGGUUUAUUACGGUUUCGGAAAGGUCGAGACUUUGAUUAACAGAGUUGGUCAUAACGAGAUUCUUAGAGAUGUGAUGAUGUUAGAGAAUCAAAUCCCGUUGUUCGUUUUGAGGAAAACGCUUGAAGUUCAGCUCGAAUCGACGGAAUCAGCUGAUGCUCUGUUGGUCUCUGUUCUCACGGGACUCUGCAGAGAUCUCUCUCCUCUCGUGAUCAAAUUCGAAAAUGAUCAGAUUCUGAAGGCUCAGAUUCACGAGUAUAACCAUAUCCUAGACUUCUUGUAUCAGAUGAUCGUUCCAAGAAUCGAAGAAGAGGACGAAGAAGAAGAAAACAGAGAAGGCGAAAACAGAGGAUGUAAGCUUCUGAGAGAGAUGAAGCUUAAAUUCAAAAGGGUCUUCGCGUCUAGACCUGCUGAUGUCAUCUUGAGACUUCCCAUGCGAAUCAUAUCAAAUCUUCCAGGAUUCAUCGCUCUGAAUUAUCUCUUCACCAGACAAGAAAACGAAGAAACAUCACCAACGGUCUCUGUUCUCGACAUCGAAAAGCCUCCUCUAGUCUCCGAACUCACAAUCCCAUCGGUCUCCGAACUCCACAAAGCAGGAGUUAAAUUCAAACCAACACAAAACGGCAACGUUUCGACCGUUUCAUUCGACUCAAACUCAGGCCACUUCCACCUCCCUGUGAUAAACCUAGACAUCAACACGGAGACCGUUCUUCGAAACCUCGUGGCCUACGAAGCUUCCAACACUUCGGGAGGACCGUUGGUCUUCACUCGCUACACGGAGCUGAUAAACGGAAUCAUCGAUUCGGAGGAAGACGUUAGGUUGCUUAGAGAGCAAGGCGUUCUAGUGAGCCGUCUCAAGAGCGAUGAAGAAGCUGCGGAGAUGUGGAAUGGUAUGAGCAAAUCUGUGAGGCUGACCAGAGUUGGGUUCUUGGAUAAGACUAUUGAGGAUGUGAACCGGUAUUAUACCGGUCGGUGGAAGGUUAAGAUUGGGAGGUUUGUUGAGGUUUAUGUUUAUGGUUCUUGGAAGAUUUUUGCGUUUUUGGCGGCGGUUUUGUUGUUGAUUUUGGUUUCGUUGCAAGUGCUCUCGUUGGUGUUUAGCUCGUUGAGGCUGCUUGGGUUGAGAACCGGUUAGGUGUAAUUGCAUUUGGGGACGAUGUGACUUGGAUUUGGUUUGGUUUACUGUGGUUCUCUUUUGAUUUGGCCAAACUCGCCAAUUCGAACCAAAAUGUUCGGUUAAUUCUGUUAGGAGUUUGGUUUGAUUCAAUAAGUUUUCUAAAAAUAUAGUAUGUUUUUGGUUCGGUUCGGUUCGGCAAUCAUUUAUUUUAAUUUUUUAAAACAAAAAAAUGAAUAGCUAAAUCAUACCAAAAACUUGAACUAACUGAAGUAAUUAAAUUUCUAGAAGAACUAAUCGAUAUUUAAUUUAUCCGAAAUUUUAACAAAAUUUGAUCAAAGGAAUUAAAAACUUUGCUAAGACUUUCAAAACCGAAGUAAUUAGAUACCAAAUCAAAUCAAAUUUUAUUUUGGAUUAAUUCGGUAAAGAUUAAUGUUUAAUCGAACCGACCGAAAACCAACUUACCCAAACUAUCCGAAUCCCACAUGCCUAUGUGGCUAUGUCUAACCAUGUAAACAACUGAAACCAGCAUGGUUUUGAACUGUGCUUGCUUCUCGUUGGUAUUGAAAGUAUUUUUCUAUUUGCAACUAAGGUCCUCUAUUUUGUAAUUUAUUCCAAUUAUCUCCUCAAAUAAAGUAAUGCUUAAAAUCAACAUUGUGAGAUAGAGAAUAGGGUUUUUGGGUUUAGAAUCAGAAACUGCAGCUUGAAGAUAGUCUCUGAGAGAGAAA